AUGCCAUUUACUCAUAAUCAUAGUUUUGAACUUAGUUCCGUGAAUUGGGUUGUUUUUAAAAUUAAUGAUAAUAUAGAACCUAAAGGUGAAAAAACUUACCUUAUCAAAUCUAUUUUCAAAAAUGACUUUUAUCUUAUACUCGUUACGGAUCUACGCCAUGUGUGGUUUGAAGAAUUAAGAGGUAUAGAAAUAAUGAUGCGAGCAAAAGAAAUAGAAACAGGUUUAGAUACUACGGAUGAACUUCAAUUACCAAAUUUGUUAACACUUCUUUCCGAACUUUUAAAAGAUCAAAAACAGGAUUCAACUUAUGAUGCAGAAUUAGACUAUGACAAGGCAAUAAUUCUUUGUCAUUUAAUACAGUAA